AAUUUAGAUCAAAAUAAUUAUAAUUUAUUAUAUGAUCUCGAAUUAUUACUCCCUCGCAACUAUUGGUAACCCUUUAACAAACUAAGUUAAGAUCAAGUGCGAGAAAGUAUAUGUUAGUUAGAACACAAAAAAUUACAAUUCUUAGAUCUAAACAAUCAUUAGGAAUUAAUUGAGAAGUGUCUAGGAUUUAGAAGAUUUUAAUAACACAAACAAAAAAGUGUGGAGAUUGAUUAGAAUGUCACACGAGCAAAUGAGGAGUCCGGAAAAAGAAAUAAAGUAUGGUAAUGGUAAUGGUAAUGGUAAUAGUAAUAGAGAUAACGGACGUGGAGGUGGCGGUGGAGGUGGAGGUGGAGGCGGGUUUAAAUUCAACGCGCAAGCGGCGGAAUUCGUGCCGAGAUCAUAUAGUACAACAAGUAGUUAUAGCAAUCCACAGGUGUUAUCAACGGGAUAUUUCUACCCGUGUGUGCAAUAUUUGCAAGACGGGGAUCAUGUUGUGGGAACUCCUUCGGCGGAUUGGUUUUACGUUAGUCCUUCUCCGCCUCCUUCUCCUCGUAGUAGUACUACUAAUGGUACUACUAAUAAUAAUCAUAGUAAUAACAAUAACAAUAACAAUAAUAGUAACGAUUCGAGUCCGGUGCACACUUCUAACAAUUCUCCCCGAUCUCACCCGAACUUGUCCCGGUCGAAUUCGCUCAAUGACGAUCUCCAACAAAAGAUCGUCAAACAGGUGGAAUACCUAUUCAGUGAUUUGAGCUUAAUGGCAAAUGAUACAAUGGCAAAACAUGUAAGCAAAGAUCCUGAAGGUUAUGUUCCAAUUCCAGUCAUAGCAUCUAUGAAGAAGAUCAAAUCCCUGGUUACAGACAACCAUUUGCUCGUUCAAGCAUUUCGCUCAUCUAAGAAACUUAUUGUUAGUAAGGACAAUAAGAAGGUCAAAAGAAGGAUUCCCUUUACAGAAAGUUACAAAGAUGAGCUCCAGUGUCGUACUGUGAUGGUUGAGAAUUUGCCUGAUGAUCAUUCUUACCAGAAUCUCGAAAACAUAUUUAGUGUAGCUGGCAGUGUGAAGGCCAUUAGGUUGUGCCAUCCUCCAGAUGUGAAUCCUUCUCGUUCCAAAAAUGAAGUUAUGAUCAUCAGUAACAAGCUUCAUGCACUUGUGGAGUAUGAGACUGCUGAAUUUGCAGAAAAGGCGGCUGAAAAGCUGAAUGAUGAAAGAAACUGGAGAAAAGGAAUGCGAGUUAGAGUGAUGCUAAGAUGCACGCCAAAAUCUAUCUUGAAGACCAGAAAGUCCGACUUUGAUAUGCUUAUAACUGAUGAUGAUGAAUCGCCUCAUGCUGAAUCUCCCAAAGAAACUCCCCAAACAAAUGGUUCAGAAUUGGUUAAAGAUAACAGUAUUGGUGAAGAAACAUCUGGUGUGUUAAGAAAACUAGCAUCACCGCGUGGGCGUAUUAAAACCAAAGGACGCGCUCAAUGUCUAAAUGAUCGCGGAUUGCUUUCAUCACCUACACAUACAAUUGGUGCAAGCUUGUUAUAUGAUACAUUAACAACCAAGUUAAUCAAUAAAGGACCGCGAAUGCCUGAUGGUACUAGAGGCUUUACUAUGGGACGAGGGAAACCAAUUACAACUUCAUCAAAUCCAAGUUCACCUAUGGGGUGAGACCAUGAGACAAAAGGACAGUAACAUAUACAAAUCUGGUUACGUUUUCUGUUUUUUUUCUGUUAAGAAGUCCAUUUGUUAAGUAUGUUGAGAUUGAUUACUAUACAAUUAGUAACAGAAAAAAAGAAAAAAAAAACCUUAAAACCAAAGCAACUUAAAUAUAUAUGUAAUACAAUUUUGUAAGACGAGGUUUAACAUUUUGAAAUCUGGUACUUGAUAAUAAGAUUUCACAUUA